AUGGGAGCAGCUACAUGGGUCAAUACAAAGAGGUAUGCAGGGGCUGCAGUGGUUUCUCCUGAGCAGGAACUCUGGACAGCAGCCCUGCCACAUGGAACUUCGGCACAAAAAGUGGAACUGAUUGCACUCACUAAGGCACUGCAGAUGGCCAAAGGUAAAACCACCAACAUCUAUCUAUACGGACAGCAGUGGGGGUCUCCGGCCGGCCCGGCGACGCGCCCCACAACUGGUGCCCCGUGUGAGGAGUCUCUUCCGCUGACGGGCCAAUCGGUCAACGGCGCCUACCCUUCCGCCUCCAUACUGCCCUCCUCCUUCGGAACACCACAACUUAAGAAGGCAGUUCUGGAGGAUGGGCCUAAUGCCCCCUGGACCGAAACCAUCCUCCGCGGACUUGCAUUUUCUCCCUGUACGGCGGCAGACUGGCGCUCGCUGGCCAGGGCCGUACUUCCGGGCGCCCUGUAUAUAAAGUGGACUGCCCUAUACAAGGAGGAAUGUCAACAAAUUGCAGAAAGGAAUGCCCGUGCCAAUCCUGCCAUCCCGAUCACCAUGGGAAUGCUUACUGGAACAGAUGGCCAAUAUGCCUCCGGUAUUCAGCAGGCUGCCAUUCCUCCCCCAUACCAAGAUCAGGUGCGAGCCACGGGGCUCGCCGCCUGGAAUAAACUCGAAGAAGGGCCUUCUGAGUCGCCCAUCGCGGGGCUACAUCAAAAGGCUAAUGAGGACCUUCCCUCGUUUAUCGACCGGGUGGAAAAAUCCAUCAAAAAGAAACUCCCCCCGGGGGACCUUAGGGACCAUUUUCUAAAAAUGGCAGUGUGGGAAGGUAUGACCCGUGACCAUAGAAUGGCCUGUGCGGGCUUAAAAGAAAGGUCCAUGGACCGCUGGGUUAUUGCAACCAAAGACAUUGGCUCUACAUCGCAUCAAGCGAGAGCUAUGGCCGCUGCCCUCAAGGAGCACCAGCAGGAGAGCCUUGAGACCCUCGUUUGCGCCAUUCAGCAAACAUCCCUGCAGCCCCGCCCCACGGACUCACCUCGUUUAUGCUUUGGUUGUGGACAAGAGGGGCAUUUCAAGAGAAACUGCCCACAGGGCCGUAAGCCCGUCCAGCCUCAAUCUUCUGUCCUGCCACGGACCCCAUGCCCUAAAUGUUCCCCCUCUCUUCUAAUGUCACCUGUCUUUGGGCGCCCCCAUUGGCAGACAAUGGCUCUAAUAUUGACCUCGGGGCUAUUGACCCCAGCUACUGUGACCAAAACACCACAGUAAACAAUACUCAACUCUGCCCCCCCAAUGCCACUGUAUUCGUCUGUGGGGACCAGGCAUUCAGCUUCCUCCCCACUAAUUGGACUGGCCUUUGUGCCUUAGCUUGGCUUCUGCCAGAUCUCAACAUUAUUCCCAACAGAGCCUUCUGAUUCCUGCCUUCGAUCGUCUCGGAGGGCGAUCCAAAAGAGCCAUCCAGGCCAUCCCCAUCAUGCUGGGAUUAGGGAUCACUGCGGGAGUUGCAACCGGCUCUGCCGGGAUAGGUACCUCUCUCCACUACUAUAACACAUUAUCCCGACAGAUGAUUAAUGACUUGGGUGCAGUCUCGGAGACCAUCCUUGACCUCCAAACAUAGAUGGACUCGCUGGCUGCGGUAGUCCUCCAAAACCGGCGAGGCUUAGAUCUAUUAACAGCCAAAAAGGGAGGCAUAUGUUUGUUUUUACAGGAGGAAUGUUGUUUCUUUGCCAA